UUUCUCUCUCAAAAAAACCCCUAAAACCCCCCUUGACUGACUCACUCACUCUCACUCUAAAUUUCAUAAUCGAUCCAUUAAAAGAUUUUGAUAGAUGGAAGAGAAUACACCAUCAACUAUAUUAGAAGGGAAGAUAACAGGAAUCAGUUUUUCUUUGGCGACACGUCAAGAAAUCUGUUUGUCCUCCAUUAGUGACUGCCCUGUCAGUCAUGCGAGUCAGCUGACAAAUCCAUUUCUUGGACUUCCACUUGAGGUCGGCAAAUGUGAAUCUUGUGGUACAGCUGAACCCGGGAAAUGCGAAGGGCAUUUUGGGUACAUUGAGCUGCCAAUACCAAUAUAUCAUCCAUCACAUAUCGGAGAGUUAAAGCGCAUAUUGAGUCUGAUAUGCCUUAAGUGCUUAAAGUUCAAAAAUAGAAGGUUGCAGUCCAAGAACGCUGGUAUGCUGGAUAGAGCAUUUGCCCUUUGUUGUGAGGAGGCUGCACAAGUGACCGUCAAUGAAAAUCAGAAGAAGGAUGGUUUGGAGCUAAAGUAUCCUUCACGAACAAGGCCCAUAGAGGGUUUCUGGGACUUUCUAGACAGAUAUGGAUACCGAUAUGGUCAUGGGAAUACUCGCCCAUUACUUCCAUCUGAGGUUCUGAAAAUUCUGAAGAAAAUCCCAGAGGCAACCAAAAAGAAGCUAGCUGCAAGAGGGUGUUUUGUUCAAGAAGGAUAUAUCAUGCAACACCUUCCCGUCCCACCAAAUUGUUUGUCCACACCGGACGUUUCUGAUGGCAUCAGUGUUUCAUCUUCGGAUAUCUCAAUGCCAAUGCUGAAGAAAGUGCUGAGGCAAGUGGAAAUUAUAAAGAGUUCCAGGUCAGGGAAUCCAAAUUUCGAAUCUCUUGAGUUCGAAGUAACUGAUUUGCAAUUAGCUGUGGAUCAAUACCUUCAGUCAAGGGGUGCUAAGGCCUCCCCUGACAGAAAUACACGUUAUGCAAUUGCUAAAACACAGACUGAUUCGUCUUCUACAAAAGCAUGGCUUGAGAAGAUGAAAACGCUUUUCAUAAGCAAAGGAUCCGGGUUUUCUUCUCGUAGUGUCAUAACAGGUGAUCCGUAUAAAGGUGUUGCUGAAAUCGGCAUUCCAUACGAAAUUGCCCACAGAAUUACUUUCGAAGAACGCGUCACAGAGCAGAACAUGAAGUUUCUUCAGAAGUUAGUUGAUGAUAAGCUCUGCCUCACUUAUAGAGAUGGUCAGUCUACUUAUUCACUUAGAGAAGGGUCUAAGGGUCACACUUUUUUGAAACCGGGCCAGAUUGUCCAUAGGAAGAUAAUGGAGGGAGAUGUUAUCUUUAUCAAUAGGCCGCCAACGACUCACAAGCAUGCUUUGCAAGCUUUGUCUGUUUAUAUCCAUGAUGACCACACCUUCAAAAUCAACCCGAUCAUUUGUGGGCCCCUUGCUGCCGAUUUUGAUGGAGACUGCAUCCACAUAUUCUAUCCUCAAUCUCCUGAAGCAAAAGCUGAGGUUUUGGAGCUCUUCGCAGUUGAGAAGCAGCUUUUAAGCUCUCAUAACGGGAACGUAAAUCUUCAGCUUGGAACUGAUUCUAUGCUAUCCCUCAAGACAUUGUUCAGGAAGUAUUUCUUCAGUAAAGCCGAAGUCCAGCAGCUUGCAUUAUUUGCUUCGAGUUCGUUGCCGAAACCUUCACUCUUAAAGGUUUGCAAUUGUGGUCCCUUGUGGACGGUUCUCGAGCUGCUAGAGAGUUAUCUACCUCGUGGGUUUAGCUGUUCAGGUGACCGAUUCUUAAUUAAGGACAGCAAAAUUUUGAAGCUAGAUUAUGGUCGCGAUGUGAUGCAGUCUAUCAUGAAUGAAGUGAUCAGCUCAAUCUUCUUUAGUAAGGGGCCAAAAGAAGUUUUAAAGCUUUUUGACUCUUUACAACCCAUGUUGAUGGAAAAUCUAUGUGCUGAAGGCUUUAACAUAAGCCUGGAAGACUUUGUGGUUCCAGAGGAUGUUUUAAAAACAACCGAAUCGAAACUUCAAGAGCUAUCAUCUUUGUUAUAUCACUUGAGGUCAAACUACAAUGAAGUGAUAGCACUACAACUAGAUAGGCAUCUGCGGGCCGCUAAAAGUCCCAUUUCAGACUUCAUUUUGAGAUUUUCAUCAAUGGGCAAUUUAAUAGAUUCAAAAAGUGAUUCUGCUAUUACGAGAGUUGUUCAGCAGAUCGGUUUCCUAGGAUUACAAAUCCUUGAAACGGGAAGGCUCUACUCGAGAACAUUAGCUGAAGAUUUGUCUUCUCAUUUUAUUGGAAACUAUCCUUUUGCCGAGAGGUACCCGUAUGAGGAAUUUGGUCUGAUCAGGAGCUGUCUAUUCUAUGGGCUGGACCCAUACCAAGAGAUGGUGCAUUCAGUUGCUAAUCGAGAAGUCAUGGUCAGGUCUUCAAGAGGGUUGACAGAGCCCGGAAUCCUUUUCAAAAACUCGAUGGCCAUCCUCCGAGAUGUGGUGAUAUGUUACGAUGGAACGGUAAGGAACGUUUGCAGCAACUCUAUCAUACAGUUCGAGUAUGGGGCAAUGACUCAAAAUAUAUUUGCUGCUGGUGAACCGGUAGGAGUGUUGGCUGCAACUGCCAUGUCAAAUCCUGCAUACAAGGCGGUUCUUGAUUCAUCUCCAAAUAGUAAUUCCUCAUGGAAUAUGAUGAAGGAAAUUCUGCAAUGUGGGGUGAAUUUCAAGAAUUCCCCCAAUGAUCGCCGGGUUGUAUUAUACCUGAAUGAUUGUGAUUGUGGGGGAAAGCAUUGUUUGGAGCACGCUGCAUUUGCAGUCAAGAAUCAUUUAAGCAAAGUCAGCCUUAAGGAUGUUGCUCUCGAGUUUUUGAUAGAAUAUAAAAGACAGCCAGUUACAUAUGAGAGUGCUGAAAUGGAUGGUGGGCUUGUUGGUCAUGUUCACCUCAACAAGAAACUGUUGGAAGAGUCGCACAUUAAUAUGGAAGAUGUUUUGACAAAAUGUCAAGAUACUCUAAACUCUUUCCGGAAGAAGAAAAAGGUUGGUCAGCUGUUCAAAAAGAUAGAGAUCUCAUGCAGUGAAUGUUCUUUCCAACAGUCAUCUUCCAGCAACUGGACGCCUUGCUUGAAGUUCUUUUGCCAAGACACUACUGUUAUCCAGUUAGAGAAGACGGCACAUAUUUUUGCUGAUGAUAUUUGUCCCAUAUUUUUAAAUUCAAUCAUUAAAGGCGAUCCACGGGUCAAAGAAGCAAAUAUUACCUGGAUCACUCCUGAAACAACAGUUUGGAUCAAAAAUUCAUCCAGGGAUCAAAAAGGUGAAUUAGCAAUUGAUGUGGUUCUUGAAAAAGAAGCAGUGAAGAAAAAUGGUGAUGCAUGGAGGACGGUUAUGGAUUCAUGUCUUCCCGUAAUCCAUUUGAUUGAUACAACACGGUCUAUUCCUUAUGCUAUUAAACAAGUUGAGGAUCUUCUUGGCAUAGCAUGCGCUUUUGAGCAAGCUGUUCAGCGCCUCUCAACCUCGGUAUCAAUGGUUACUAAAGGGAUGCUAAAAGAGCACUUGCUUCUUUUGGCAAGUAGCAUGACUUGUGCCGGGUUUUUAGUUGGCUUCAAUUUGGCGGGUAUAAAGGCACUCAAUAAGGCGCUUAACUUCCAAGUACCCUUUUCAGAAGCUACGGUUUAUACGCCAAAGAGAUGUUUUGAAAGGGCGGCUGAGAAGUGCCAUGCUGAUGCGUUAUCAAGCAUCGUGGCUGCUUGUUCUUGGGGAAAACCUGUAUCUGUGGGUACAGGAUCUCGAUUUGAUAUUCUUUGGGACACAAGAGAGGUUGAACUGAACCAAAAAGAAGGCAUUGACGUCUACAGCUUCCUUCAUUUAGUGUGUGGUGGCUCUGAAGAGACUGAUAGUGGUUGUCUUGGUGGUGACGUGGACAAUUUUGAGCUGGAAGACAACUAUAUGGAAGCAGGGUCACCUGAACAUGAUCCUGGCUCAGCUAAACCGGUUUUUGAAGAUGGUCUAGACUUAGUUGAUGGAUUGGAUGCCGGACCAACUUGGACAACUGGUCCCACUCAGGACGAUAUGGCAUCAACCGGUGGCUGGGGAAAUUUUGUCAAGACGCCGGCGGCUGGCAGUGGUUGGGGAGCAGCAAAAUCUGAUAGCGUUCCUGCUCUUGAUGAUGGAUUAUCAAGUGGUGGCUGGGGAAGUUCUGUCAAGACACCAGCGACUGGCGGUGGUUGGGGAGCCGCAAAAUCAGAUCAAGAUCCUGCUCCAGAAGAUGGAACCGGUGGUGGCUGGGGAGUUUCUGUCAAGACACUAGGGACUGGCGGUGGUUGGGGGGCAGCAAAAUCAAAUCAAGAUCCUGCUCCAGAAGAUGGAACCAGUGGUGGCUGGGGAGGUUCCGUCAAGACUACACCGGCGAUUGGCGGUGGUUGGGGGACAACAAAAUCAAAUCAAGAUCCUGCUCCAGAAGAUGGAAACAGUGGUGGCUGGGGAGGUUCUGUCAAGACUACACCGGCGACUGGCGGUAGCUGGGGGGCAACAAAAUCUCAAAAAGAGGUUGAACCAUCUGGAUGGGGUGCAAAGACGACUGAAAAUGAAAGCGGGAAGGAUUCAGGUUCUUGGGGCCAAAAGGUGCUCAAGCCAGAUGAACCUGGAUGGGGUGGAACGAAAAGCACGGCUGGGGAGGCUUCCGGUUCUUGGGGUCAACAAGUGGCUGCAACAAACGACUCCGGUUGGGGUAAGAAGAAUGAAAAUGAAGCUGAGAAGGGUUCAGGUUCUUGGGGACAAAAGACAGUCAAGCCAGAUGGACCUGGAUGGGGUGCGAAGAGAAACGGAAAUGAAUUACAGCAGGCUUCUGGUUCAUGGGGUCAACAGAUGCCUAAAGCAAACGAAACUGCAUGGGGUAGAAGGAAGAAUGACGAUACUGAAAAGGGUUUAAAAGGGGAUGCACACAGAUGGAAUGCCAAGCCCAGCCAACCUCGAGAUGAAGAUUCACCCAAGUCUAAUGCUUGGGGCACACCUGCAGCUACUGCUAAGAUAAAUGCAUCUAGUUGGAAUGAAGGUGGAGAAAAGGAAGAGAAAACAGGAUCGUGGACCUCCUGGGGGAAGAAGGAUAACAAAGCUGAUGGAACUGGCCAAGCCGAUGGUUCACUUUCACUAAAUGAUUCUGUAAAGGGUGUUCAGUGGGGCCAGAAGGACUCGUGGAAUGUUGCAGGUGAAUCAUCUUCUUCAUGGGGAAAAUCUGUGCAAAAACCUGAUGCACCCAGUUGGAAUACGGGUGUGGAAGUGUCCACCAUAGAAAACAAAACCGAAGGGUUUGACUGGAGCAAAAAGGUGGAAGAGAAGACUGAUUCUCAAGGUGGUUGGGGUGUUCCUUGGGGCAAGAAAAAAGAUGAAGUGGCCGGGAGUUCCGCUCCUGCCACUGAUGGGGAUACUGAAAAGGCUCAAGAACCGGGUUCAUGGGGCUGGAAUAAGAAGACUGAUCAAAAACCAGACCAAGGUGGAUGGAAGAAGAAAGAAGGUUGGGGUCCGAAAAGAGACCGCCCGGCUAGGCCAGUAGGUGGACCCAAUGAUGGUCCAAGGUCAAGUGGACAGUUUACCGCAACUAGGCAACGGCUGGAUAUGUUCACUUCUGAUGAGCAAGAGAUUGUCGCUGUUAUUGAGCCAAUCAUGCAAUCAAUUCGGAGAAUCAUGCAUCAAACUGGGUACAAUGACGGAGAUCCUUUGUCCGCUGAUGAUCAAACUUAUAUAAUUGAUAAUGUCUUCUCUCACCACCCCGAAAAAGACCAGAAAAUGGGUACUGGGAUCGACCAUUUCAUGAUCGCCAAGCAUACACAGUUCCAAGAUAGUCGUUGUCUUUUUGUUGUAUCCACUGAUGGGCGUAAAGAAGACUUUUCGUACAGAAAAUGUCUGGAGAGUUUUGUAAGGGUAAAAUAUCCUGACAAAGCGGAAGAAUUUUUGCCCAAGUAUUUCAAGAAGCCUCAGCCUCGUCCUCCUGGGAAUAGGGACGAAUCUGGUAGCCCUCGUUCUCAACCUGGUUGGAAACGUGAAUCCAAUGAUGAAUCUGGGACCCCUCGUUCUCAGUCUGGAUGGAAACGUGAACCUAACGGAUGGAACAAGGAGUCCAACGUGGCAGGAGAUGAGGCAGCAACACCUGUGUCAGGAUGGAACAAGGAGUCCAUCACGGCAUCAAAUGAGGUCGGGGCACCUACAAAUGGAUGGAACAAGGAGUCUACCACGGCAUCAGAUGAGGUCGGGGCACCUACAAACGGAUGGAACCAGGCAGGGUCUAGUGGUGGUGGAAGUAGUAGUAACAAGAAAUCAGGAUGGGGGGAUGAUUAAUAGUUUGAGAAGGUGCAGGUUUAGUUUUGUAAUCUGUGCACAGGGGUAGAUAUGGAUUGCGUAGCAUUGGGUAGAAUUAACAACUAUGCUAAGUUAUUUAGUGGUUUGUGUAUGCCCGUAUAAUGGUAGGCACAAGGUUGUGUUGAUCAAACUUACUCUAUUUUUGUCAAGUAAUGUGCAUGUUGAUGUUGGUCAUAUCUUGUUUCUCAUCCAGAUUGUGUUCUAAGUUAAAUAGUAGUAAUUUCCUUAUCAUUAAAA